AUGGCACGCGUCAUUCGAAAACGCCAACGCAUUCCCAAUUCUCCAAAGUGGUUCUGUUCACUCUUCUGGUCUGCUUUUCGUACCCGGCUUAGCUGA